AGUCGGUUUCUGUUUACACGCUCGGUUGGUUGUCCCUAUAUUCGUCUGUUAAAUAUCGUAUGCGGUUUUUAUCAUGUGGGUGUUUUAAAAUCCAAUACAGUUUAUAACGCUAAGCAUUUUGUUUACAUUAAAUUGUUUUGUCACAAAUUUUCUUCUUUUUUUUGUAACAUUUGAUUUUCGUGGCUGAUGCAGUUUGGUUGCUCGUUAAUAUUGUGAUGCGGCUUAACCAUUAAAAGUGUGUUUGUGUCUUUGAAGAUAUUAAUCGCGCGUUAUACAAAAUAAAGUUAUUAGGAGAGUGCAUUAUCCAAAAUUUAAAAAAAAAAUGUUUUCAUUUUGGACACACAAAAAAGUUGUGUGUAGCGGUGUUUAAAGCUUAAUUUCUUGCACUCUAUUUUUGGAUGGUUUAUUUAUUACCUUUCGGAUUAUAUUUGUACGAAAAGACAUCUCUUUUUACACACACAGCUGACGCCCUCAAUGUACGUAUUCUGACAAAAGUUGUCAUAAAGACUAUGCUACUAAAGUGAUAUACUGUUGCUUCAUUCAUCGGAAUUUUCAUAAUGGCAUCAACGUCACUAUCUGAUGACCCAGAUAAGCUGCUGAACGAAUGGCUCGGAGAAUUGGAAAAUUUAAUUGGGGGUCUAGAGAUCCCCAAUACCACACAAAUAGUUCCUCUACGGCGACCAAGCAGUCACACAUCGUCCGAACGCACCAGUUCAUAUCGCUUUUCGAUGGCAAACCUAGAGGAGACCCACGAAGCCGAAUUGGACGCAAUCCUCGGCGAACUGAGCAUAUUAGAGCAGCGCAAUAAUGAUGGUCGAAUGGGUCGCACGCACAGCCGAUCGAAUUCGACCAUUUCGGGCGUAACAAAUUCCACCAUCUCGUCGACAUCAACAUCGUCCGAAAGUGGCACGGGUAGUGGAUCGGAAUGUCCACUGCGUGAACCGAGAACCGACAGUCCCGAUAAUGAUUCGGCGUUCAGCGAUACCGUGUCUUUGCUAUCGAGUGAAUCGUCGGCGUCGAGUGGCGUUAGUUCAGCACAUUUGAAGAAUUUGCCACUCAAUUCCAAUUUGUUACAAUGUGAUAGUGCGAAAGCAGCAAAAAUACAUUUAGCCUUACAAAAGCUGGAACAAGCAUCCGUCAGACGAUUGUUCGUUAAGGCGUUCAGUCACGAUGGCGCAUCAAAGUCAUUGCUAGUCGAUGAGCGUAUGACUUGCGGUCAUGUGACUCGAUUGUUGGCGGACAAAAAUCAUGUACCGAUGGAACCACAUUGGGCAAUUGUCGAACAUUUACCAGAGUUGCAAAUGGAGCGUCUGUUUGAGGACCACGAACUGCUUGUCGACAAUCUGAUGAAUUGGAAUACCGACUCGAAGAACCGAGUGUUAUUUUUGCAACGACCCGACAAAGUGGCGUUGUUCAGUAAUCCGGAAAAAUAUUUACCAGGAACUCAAAUGGCACCAGGAAGUGAGCAUGACGAACAGACAAGAUCGAUGCUUUUGGAAGAAUUUUUUGCAUCCGGCAACAAUGUGGCCAUGGAAGGACCACUGUUCCUCAAGAGUGACUCGAAAAAAUGCUGGAAACGAUACCAUUUCGUAUUGCGUGCGUCCGGACUCUAUUACUUUCCGAAGGAAAAAACGAAAUCCUCACGUGACCUACUCUGUCACGGAUUGUUCAACGAGAACGAAGUGUACAAAGGCAUUGGAUGGAAGAAGAAGCACAAAGCGCCCACCGAAUACGCAUUCGCUUUGAAAUCACAGAAGGAUCAGUGCAGUUCGAAGACAUUGCGAUCGCUGAAAAUGUUAUGUGCAGAAGACGCAGAGACUCUGGACAAGUGGAUCACAGCAAUUCGAAUUGCAAAAUAUGGAAAAUUGCUGUUCGACAACUAUCGCGUGUUGCUGGAGGACUUGACUCGGGAAGAGUUGGAGAAAUUUUCGGCUAAUCGAUGCGGAUCCAUCGGCAGUAUCAUUUCAUCGGUUCCGUCACAAUGCAGUACUGGCUCAGGAAAUAGUGCUAACAAUUUAGCAACGUCUUCCAACGGACGCUUAUCGCGUGCAUCCAGUUCCAGUUCCAGUGGAUGCUUGUCGGAUGAAAACAAUGGAUUCGAUUCGGAAUUUCCGACUGGCACGAUUAAACGAAAACCGUCGAUGAAACCAAAUCUACCGUUGACGUCGAUGACUCGGCAGCUGAAAGAAGUGGGCGAAACUAAUUUUCCUGGUGAUAAUAGCAAUCCGACUUCUCCGGAACGUGGUGGUACAUUGACGAGACGUCACAGUCGCAGAAGAAGCGAAGAGAGUAAUGGUAGUGGCACGUUAAAACGAAGACCAGCAGCAAAUCGUGGAUCAAUGGAAAGCAUGAGCUCAUCUACAUCCAGUGCGACACCAACGCCAAGCACUCCAGGAACACCGCUAGCAAAUCUGCAACCGAAUCUUGUCAUCAACAAUAACAUUAAUCUGGCGAACAACAACAACAAUAUCGAAACCAAGAGCAACAUAAUGAGUCCGCUGGAAUCGAUGCCAUCAUGCAUGACUGACUCUACUUUCUCAUUACCGCCACCACCCGACGAUCUAGGCAACAAUCUUCUGAAUGGUUCGACACUUUCGUUGGACUCGUUGCCUCCUCCCCCACCACCGCUUUGUGAGCUUUCGAAUGAAUUCUCUGCUUCGCAGGUUUCAUUGGUUAGUCUUCCGCCGCCGCCUCCUGAUUUACGUCCAGUGUAUAUACCAACAAAUACUCGUCUCCCUCCAGCUGACACAAUCCAUCCAAUAACACAUUUCAUUGUACCACAAACCACCUGCUACAACAACACUUUGCCUACGAAUCUUCCGUCGACCGAAUGGAAAAAGGAACCGCAGCCAAUUUACUCGAAAACGAUUAAACCAUCAAUUAAAGCACCGCCAUACAAAUCACCUCCACCAUACAAUGGAACGAAUCCGCCUCCAAUCGCACCUCCAGCUACAACCAAAAGUGUUUCGUUCGCUGAUUCACCCGUUCUACUCCGCCGAAAGGUGUGCUUCGAAGACCAAAUCCAAUCAAUUCCACUAUCGCCCCGACGCAGUUCCAAAGACACAUCGUCCGUACCACUUCCACCGCCGCGUGCCGAAGCCACUCGACUGUCAACAAUAACGUCACCGAAACGUUUGCUCGAUUCCACGUCAAAUCCACCGACCGAUUUCCUCAAAGACCUACAACGAGUCAUGCGAAAGAAGUGGCAAGUGGCGCAGAAAUGCAAACUGGAACCGGCCACCACACCACAGGAAGUGCUAGGCUUUCGUGAUUUUACCGGCGAUCUGCCGUUGGGAAGUUCACCGCAUUUUUACCGGGAAACAUCAAACGUUAGCAAUUGGGUGCAAGAGCAUUAUGGAGGUGGCGAUAGUUUAUACGAGAAUUUAGGUGCUGAUAUGGGUAUGGAACCGACCGGACAAAUAAUUUCGUUGAAAAAGCGACCACCACCUCCACCGCCGAAACGUAGUACAACUACACAAUUGACCACACAGUUGAGCAAUCGAUGCUAAACGUAAAAUCAAUGGACAUGAUUUUCAUGGGUGCUUUUAGAAGAUGACGGUGAGUAAAACCCAUAACUAAAUUUUCCAAUCGUAUCCGAAUGGAUACCGUGUCUAAUUUUGCGAAUUCCGGUUACGUGAAAAAUUUGUCGAAUUGAUUGGAAGGAUUUACUUCAACUGAUGGAACUAAAAUUUUUGUUUCACGCAAAUGAAUUCUAAUUUAGAAUAAUUCAAUAAGUUGAAAUGGUGCCAUAGGCUUUUGUAUAAAUUUAAAUUAAAUGAAAGAAGAAAGAAGAAAAGUUUCGUACGAAAAAUUUAAACGUAAGACAAUUAACAAAAUGGAACAAUUUUUUCAAUGAACGUGUUAGUUAGACAAAAUUUUACAAUGAAGAAAAAUCUAAAAAAAAAUUAAAUUUAAAAUUCGGCUAAAUUAAAUUAAAACUUCGUUUCGUAAUGAAGAAAAAUUUACAACAAAAAAAUGAAAAUUUGUCGUUCUAAUUGUUAAGGAAAUUAAAUAAAAAGAAGAAAAUUCUCGAACAUCGUUGUUGGAUUAGUUGUGUAAACAAACUGUCUUGGUGCUUAUAAUUAAAUAAAAAUUAAAAUUAAAAAAAUGGAGAAAAAAUGAACAGAGAAACGCUAAACAUUAAGAAAAUUUACAAUUCGACGUAAGGUCAAAUUUUGAAUUGAGAAAACGAGAAAGGAUGGAAGAAGAAGACGAAAGAAAAAGAUGUAAGAAAAAGAAGAAACGAAAAAUAUUUAUUCAUCGGGAAUGUCACGACUGGCAAUUUCUCUUAAAUAUUUUUCAAAUCGCAUUAACUUGAAAUGGGCGAAAUCCUGACAUUUUUCUAAACCCCAAAGGUCAGCCCUUUCAAGUGAGGGCGUGCAAAAAAAAAAUUGAUCUCUAGAUUUGCAUUUAAAAAUUUAAUAAAAAUGCAACAAAAACCUUCCACAAAAAAAAUCGUUGCAACAAGCAAAGUCGUUCUCGCAUUCUUCCGAUCAAACAAAUUUUAAAUUCAAUUGCGUUCAAUAAUUUUUUAGGUUCUGUAUCAGAAUAUGAAACAAAUUCCACACAUGGAGUGGCCUCUAUUCUUAACAAAAGUUACCCUAAUCUAUUUAUCCAGAACCAUGGAAACUGACCUGAUUCAGGAGAAACAGGCGAAAGAUAACUUAACUUAGCGAACUUAAACUAAACUAAUCUCACACAAAUACAAAAGAAAAAUUACAGAAUAUAAUAGACUUCAUCUAACUUCUUCAAAUCCCCUUCGAACGUUCCCAUUAUACAAGCGGCGUUAGAACGUUGAAGUGCUAACAACUUUCCCAAGGCUUAUUUUUGGUAAUUUAAUUUAUAAAAAUUCUUUUAAAGUUCCUAAAUUUUUUAAUGCUUAAAUUUACUCUCUAAAUGACUGUCUUUUUCUAAAUCUCUUAUUUCUCCAACUACUCUCAUUUCUCCAACUACUCUCAUUUCUCCAUAUUAGAAUAUAUAGAGACAUGAGAAAAGAGAACUAAGAAAUCUAGAAGAAGACUGUUAUUUAGAGCAAUGAUAUAAUAGAUGUGGCAUUGAUUUAGAGAGUUUAAACUGUAGGAUGUUUUUAAGAAUUUGAUGGAAUUUCUAGCAAUUACAUUCCUAAAAAUAGACCUCGGUGAAACUUGGGCUCCUCUGUAAUAGGCGAUACUAACAGGUGCUGUGGUACGGUUGUCUGUUUGAAACGAAGAACGCGUAGCUUGCUUGGAACUAAAAAAUUAAAAAAAAAAAAUGAUUUUGAAUAUUGAAUUCAUGAAACUCAGGCGUUUCAACGAACCAAUUUUCAAAAAAUAGAAGAAAAAAAUUAGGUGAAAAAAAAAUCGUUAAAAAUAACAACAACAAGAAAACGGCUAAUCGAAGAUAAUUUAUGAGCUUUUGCGAUUUAAAUGUUUUACCGUUUGUUUUUAGACGAACUUACACAUUUUACACAAACAAUUUUCUACGAAAUGAAUUACCGAAUAAAAAUUAGAAAAAUAUAAUUGGACCCGAGACCCCAUCAGUGUGAAAUGUGGUGAGCAGAUAAAAAGAAACGAAAAGAUUUUUUGUUUUGAACGAAAGGUUGAUUGGAUCCAGCUGGAUGGGUGAAUUCGAUUAUUUUUGACUACACUACAUUUUGUAUACCAAUGAGAAACGUAUGGCCAAGAAAUAAAUUUAAAUUUAAAAA